CCCGCGGACCGCCCGGCCCGGCCCGGCCCGCGCAGGUGAGCGGCGGCGCUCCCGCUGCUGUGUGUCCCCGGGCGCCCGCGCACCCUCUCUGGCCUCCGCCCAGCCUGAGGGUGUGAGGUCGCGGCGGCCGCGGCGGGCGUCGCUGGAGGUUCGCGCGGGGCGGAGUCCAGUGGGGGAGCCGCAGCGCCCGGGGUCUUGUGGACCCAGGCCUCCCGUCCAGGGGGGCUCCGGCGUCUGGCCACCGCCGCUGCCGGAUGCUCGAGGCUGCUGAUGAGCUGGACGUGGGGAGGCAGGGGGAGCCAGCACUGGGGGAGGGGGCGUCUUCUGCCCCCACACGAACUUGGAGUGGAUUCUGCCCUCCGGCCCCAUCCGCCCCCCGCUGGGUCUCCCCGGCCUCUGGGUCCCGCUUGGCUAAGCCUCGCUCACCCCGGGCCUCACUUUUCCUCAUUUGGUGAAUGGGCACUGGCCCAGCUCGGGCUCCCGGGAGCAACGGAACCGGCUCUGAGCCAGGUCCUCCCCCUCGGGGCCUGGGGACGCUGUUGACUCAGAGGCCAGCCCUGAAAGUUUGACUUCAGCAGGCAGCCCCGACAGGGAGAGAAGCAGAGGAGAGAGGGGGGAUCAGACCUGGGAUGGGGGACGCUCCAGGUAGAGGGGGAGCCCAGAGGAGGCACCUGAACGAGCGUGGAUGGUCUGAGAAGUAUGAGCUGAAACCGGAAGGCCCCACCAGCAUGGGCAGUCUCUCCUACCGAGAGGACCUCGAGGAGGAGAAGAACACAGCAUUCACCUGGGAGGUAAAAGCCAACAGCAGGGCCCACAACAGCCAGUUCAAGAAGAAGAGCUUCCUGUGCUGGCAGAGGCAGAAGUAUAAGAGCAAUGUCAUCUACACUGCCAAGUACAACGUCUUCUCCUUCUUGCCCUUGAACCUGUGUGGGCAGUUCUGCCGCAUCUCCAACCUCUACUUCCUUUUUAUCAUCAUUCUCCAGGGUUUCCCCGAGAUCUCCACGCUGCCCUGGUUCAGUCUCUUUGCCCCGCUCAUGGGCCUCCUCAUCAUCCGGGCCACCCGAGACCUGGUGGAUGACAUCGGGCGACACAGAAGUGACAGGAUCGUCAACAACAGGCCGUGCCAGAUCCUGGUGGGGAAGAGCUUCCUGUGGAAGAAAUGGGCGAACCUGCGAGUGGGAGACCUGGUGUGUCUGCACAGAGACAACAUCGUCCCGGCCGACCUGCUCUUGCUGGCCAGCACGGAGCCCAGCAGUCUGUGCUACGUGGAGACCGCAGACAUUGAUGGGGAGACCAACUUGAAGUUCAGGCAGGCCCCGCUGGUCACCCACCUCGAGCUGACCAAUAUAAGGAACAUGGCUUCCUUCCAAGGCAAGGUGGUGUGCGAGGAGCCCAACAGCCGGAUGCACCACUUUGUGGGGUGCUUGGAGUGGGGCGGCAGGAAGCACCCCCUGGACAGCGGCAACGUGCUUCUGCGCGGCUGCAGGGUCCGGAACACGGACACCUGCUACGGGAUGGUCAUCUAUGCUGGUUUCGACACCAAGAUAAUGAAGAACUGUGGCAAGAUCCAUCUGAAGAGAACCAAGAUAGACCAUCUGAUAAACAGGCUGGUGAUGCUGAUCUUCGUGUCCCUGGUGCUGAUCUCCCUGGCACUGAGCUUCGGCUUCUGGUUCAAGGUGAAGGAGUUCAAGGCCAAGCACCACUACGUGCCCUCCAAGGACCUGCACAGCGUGGCCACCGAGACCUUCCUCAUCUUCUGGGGCUUCCUCAUCCUGCUGAGCGUCAUGGUGCCCAUGGCCAUGUUCAUCAUGGUCGAAUUCAUCUACCUGGGGAACAGCAUGUUCAUCAACUGGGAUGUGCACAUGUAUUCUGCGCCGCGGGACGAGCCCGCCAAGGCACGCAGCACUAGCCUCAACGACCAGCUGGGCCAGGUGGAGUACAUCUUCUCAGACAAGACCGGCACCCUCACCCAGAACGUCAUGACCUUCAAGAAAUGCUGCAUCGGGGGUGUCAUCUACGGUGGGUCCCCUGCCCCCUGCAGCGCCCAGGAGUCUGCCCUGCCUCCGGGCCGGCGUCCGCUGUCCUCACACCUGCCCCACGGCGGGACAGGACUCUUCUUCGGGUUUUCACAAACAAACCUUCCGCGUGGACACUCACCAGCAUUUCCAGGUGUCACGAGAGAAGUCUUUCUCGGUUUCCUCCCAGUCGUUUGGAAACCGGAAAGCCACUGUCAGCUCAGAGACCACGAACAGUGGUGGGCGGGGCCUCAUCCGUCCUUGUCGAGCUGUGGCUGCCUCUUGGCCUCCUUUGCGGAAGGCAGAGCUGAGGCGGGGGGUCCUUGGUUGCUUGGGGUGUCGGGUCCAGAGCCCCAGGCCCAGCUUGUCCGCUGCCCGGAUGAAGAGGAGGAGACCCCACGUAAGGAGAACCCCUACCUCUGGAACAAAUUUGCCGAUGGGAAGUUUCUUUACCGAAAUGCGAAGCUCAUGUGCGCUGUUCGGGACAAUGAGGACAAGAUGGUGCGGGAGUUUUGGCGCCUGCUGGCCAUCUGCCACACCGUGAUGGUGCAGGAGAAGGACAACCAGCUGGUGUACCAGGCCGCAUCCCCCGAUGAGGAGGCGCUGGUCACGGCAGCCCGGAAUUUCGGCUACGUGUUCCUGGCGCGCACACAGGACAGCAUCACGGUGAUGGAGCUGGGGGAGGAACGGGUGUACCAGGUCCUGGCCAUGAUGGACUUCAACAGCAUACGCAAGCGCAUGUCAGUGCUGGUCCGCAACCCCGAGGGCUCCAUCUACCUCUACACCAAGGGCGCUGACGUGGUCAUCUUUGAACGCUUGUGCAAGAAAGGCAUGAAAGAGUGGACCACAGAGGAGGCCUUGGCUUCCUUUGCUGAGCAGACCCUGCGGACCCUGUGCCUGGCCUAUAAGGAGGUGGACGAGGAUGUGUAUCAGGAGUGGUGUCAGCGGCACCAGGAGGCCGGCAUCCUGCUGCAGAACCGGGCCCACGCCCUGCACCAGGUGUACGAGGAGAUGGAGCAGGGCCUCCAGCUGCUGGGAGUCACGGCCAUUGAGGACAGACUCCAGGACGGCGUCUGCGACACGAUCAAGUGUCUCAAGCAGGGGAGUAUCAAAGUGUGGGUACUCACAGGGGAUAAGCAAGAGACAGCGGUGAACAUCGGUUUUGCGUGCCACCUGCUCUCGGAGAGCAUGCUCAUUCUGGAGGAGAAGGAGAUAGUUCGCAUCCUGGAAGCCUACUGGGAGACCAGCAACAACGUGCGGGGUGGCGAGGGCCGUCGGAAGAAGCGGUUCCUGCCACAGGUCAAGAUGGCCAUGGUCAUUAGCGGAGAGUUCCUGGACCAGCUGCUGCUGUCCCUGCGCAAGGAGCCCCGAGCGCUGGUCCACAAGGUGAACAGGGACGCGGACGAGUCCUGGCAGGAGCCCGACGAGCAGAGGACGGACUUCCUGCGGGCGCGGCGCAUAUCCCUGCUGUGGCGGACCCUCGGCAUCCAGCUGAGGAGCACGGGCUUGGCGCCCCAGGUCACCGACUCCAACACCAGCGAGAGCCCCGACGUGCGGCGGGAGCGGGCCUUCGUGGAGCUGGCCUCCCAGUGCCAAGCGGUCAUCUGCUGCCGGGUGACGCCCAAGCAGAAGGCCUUGAUCGUGGCGCUGGUCAAGAAAUACCAGCGCGUGGUGACCCUGGCCAUCGGGGACGGCGCCAACGACGUCAACAUGAUCAAGACUGCGGACAUCGGCGUGGGGCUGGCGGGUCAGGAGGGCACGCAGGCGGUGCAGAACAGCGACUACGUGCUGGCCCAGUUCUGCUUCCUGAAGCGGCUGCUACUGGUGCACGGGCGCUGGGCCUACAUGCGCGUCUGCAAGUUCCUGCGGUACUUCAUCUACAAGACGGUGGCCUGCAUGAUGGUCCAGAUCUGGUUCGCCUUCUACAGCGGCUUCUCCGCCCAGCCUCUGUAUGAAGGCUGGUUCCUGGCCCUCUUCAACCUGUUCUACAGCACACUCCCUGUUCUCUACAUUGGUCUCUUUGAGCAGGACGUGAGUGCCGAGCGGAGCCUGGAGCUGCCUGAGCUGUAUAUCGCAGGCCAGAAGGACGAGCUCUUUAACUACUGGGUCUUUCUCCAGGCCCUCGCCCACGGCACAGUCACCUCCCUGGUCAACUUCUUCGUGACCCUAUGGGUCAGCCACGACUUGGCCGGGCCUGUCAGCUUCAGCGAUUAUCAGUCUUUCGCUGUGGUUGUGGCCAUGUCAAGCCUGCUGUCCAUCACCAUGGAGGUCAUACUCAUCAUCAGGUACUGGACGGUCCUGUCCGUGCUGGCCAUUUUCCUCAGUCUCUGCUUCUACGUGGUUGCAACUUGGGCCAGCCAGAGUUUCUGGCUCUUCCAAAUCUCACCCAAGAACUUCCCAUUUCUGUAUGCUGACCGUAACGUGCUGUCACACCCCUCCAUCCUGCUGGUCGUCCUGCUGAAUGUGUCACUAAAUACCCUGCCCACACUGGCCCUGCGUGUCAUUUGCCAAGCCCUCAAGAAGGCAGGCCCCAAGCAGGAGGAGGAGGCCCCGAGCGAGGAGAUGAUCCCGGGGGAGCCCGGGCGUUACCUGCACCGGGGGUCGCGCGGCCGGCGCUCCAGCUAUGCCUUCUCCCACCGCGAGGGCUACGCGGACCUCAUCACUCAGGGCACCAUUCUGCGGAAGGCGCCGGGGGUCAGCAGCGACAUGCUGGCUGACCAAACAAUCCCGUCGGAAGAAGAGCUGUCCCCGGGCAUGCAGGAGUCGUUCCGGUUCUCCAGGAAGCGGUCCCUGCUGGGGAAGAAGAGGCACCAGCACCAGGGCAAGGCGGCCUCGGGGGAGACGUCGCCGGUCUGCGCGGUGAGCUCGACGGCCACGGCGGGCAGGCCGUGCUCCUCCGUCCAACGCCCGGCUGCCCCCGAGAACUGGCCGUCCGGGUCCCUCCGGGAGCCGCUGCCUUCGGGGAGCGCGGCGCAGCCCUGGGGCCAGCCGUCGGGGCAGAGCCAGCCGGCGCCGCCGGAGGACAAGCGGGCGGCGUGGAGGGCCGCGCUCCGUUCCUGGAGGAGCCGGCCCUGCGGCCGGCAGAAGUGGCAGCAGCCGCCCGGGGAGGGCACGGCGCCGCCGCGCAGCCAGGCGCUCCCGGCCGUGGGGCCGCCCGCACCCCCCGCCCCGGGAGCGUCCUCGGCGGACGCGCCCUCCCGCCCGGGGAGGAGGCUGUGGUCCCUGUAGCGGCCGCCGGUGCCCCGGGGCCGUGCACCUGCUCGCACGGGGCGCCCCCGGAAGACGAGGCUCGGCGUCCUCUUCUUUGGCGAAUAAACCAGG